GGCAUGGUGGCACGUGCCUGUAGUCCCAGCUACUUGGGAGGCUAAGGCAGGAGGAUUGCUUGAGCCUGGAAAGUUGAGGCUGCAGUGAGCUAUGACGGUGCUGCAGCACUCCACCCUAGGGAACAGAACCCUGACACACACAAAAAAAAAAAAAAAAAGAAAGAAAGAAAAGAGACUUAUGAUGAAAAGCAAUCUUGACCUACCCUGAAAUCCCCACUCCCUUGAAGGCAACCACUUCUGACCUGUUGUUUCUCUCAGUAAAACUUUUCUGCAGUUAUCCCUUGACUUCCUGCCAUGUGUGUUUGGGGGAGCUUGAUGGAAGAGAGUGUCCCUGUCUCAUUUAGAGAGGUACCACCCUCUCUUAAUGAGGAGAGGAGGGAUGAGACAGGAAAGGGUUCUCCAAUGUAUUUCUCCAGCCGGGGCCUUAAAUCCCUCUUGGGAGAUAUGGGAUGGGGUGGAUCGGAAAAUAAAUUUGUUUAAAUCCCUAUCAAAAUGUCAGUUAGCUGUUUUUAAAAAAUCAAAUACUGAAAUCCAAAUAGACUCCAACAGAAAAUCCACCAUGUCCUCUGCCCUUUUCUUCCCAUCACAUACCGUAAACUGCCCUCUGUUGACUUUAUCGCUACAGUUUUUCAUCCUAUUAUUCACCCUUGAUCUCUCCGUUUCAUUUUAUAAGCGUUUUAUUAAUUUUAUUUAUGUAUUUAUUUUUGACCAGGUAAUUCAUGCCCAAGGUACAAAAAUUCACAAGUUUGGAGACCCUGACACACCCACCUUCUCACCUGGGCUUUGCGUACCCCCCAGCCUCAAGGCGAGAUGAAGCCUAAACUGAUGUACCAGGAGCUAAAGGUGCCUGUAGAGGAGCCUGCCAGCGAGCUGCCCAUGAAUGAGAUUGAGGCGUGGAAGGCUGCAGAAAAGAAAGCCCGCUGGGUCCUGCUGGUCCUCAUUCUGGCGGUUGUGGGCUUCGGAGCCCUGAUGACUCAGCUGUUUCUAUGGGAAUACGGCGACUUGCAUCUCUUUGGGCCCAACCAGCGCCCAGCCCCCUGCUAUGACCCUUGCGAAGCAGUGCUGGUGGAAAGCAUUCCUGAGGGCCUGGACUUCCCCAACGCCUCCAUGGGGAACCCUUCCACCAGCCAGGCCUGGCUGGGCCUGCUUGCUGGUGCACGCAGCAGCCUGGACAUCGCCUCCUUCUACUGGACCCUCACCAACGAUGACACCCACACGCAGGAGCCCUCUGCCCAGCAG